UUCUCUUCAACAAAAGUUCUACCCUAAUACUCAGAUCAUCUUCUUCAAGUUCGCUCUUCCAAGAAACCAUUGUUUUUCAGUUUUUGCUAUUGUAAUAUGGUAUCAGAUUAGCCUAAACGCGAUCUGUAUCCUCUUCCGCUUUCAAUCGAUUCCUACAAUCGAUUUCUUCAAAUCGAUUCCUACAAUCUCUAUCGAUUUCUAUGAUCGAUUCAUUCAAAUCACACUAUGAAUCCUCUAAAUCCUAUUGAGGAUCCCACUUCUCCCUACUAUCUUCAUCCAGGAGAUCACUCGGGUAAUCGCAUCAUCUACGAAACCUUCACAGGCGACAAUUUCAGUGCAUGGAAGAAAUCGGUUGUUAUGUCUUUCACGGUCAAGAACAAGCUAGGGUUUCUGGAUGGCUCGAUUGAACAACCUUCAAGUGAUGAUCAGCUACGCAAUUCUUCUUGGUAUCGUAUCAAUGCUCUUCUCCUAUCUUGGUUGAUGUAUUCUAUUUCACCUGAAAUUCGUUCAACCUUUCUUUAUUUUACUAAUGCUAAAGAUCUCUGGGAUGAGAUUAAACUUCGUUAUGAUAAAAGUGAUGGUCCUAGGGUUUUUCAUCUUGAAAAAACCCUAACUAAUAUCUCUCAAGGAACUCAAACAAUCACUGCCUAUUAUAAUCUCUUCAAGACUCUGUGGGAUGAAUACCUGAACUAUCGUCUUAUUCCUACCUGUAAAUGUGGUCUCUGUACUUGCAAAAUCAAUGAAGUCUAUCAAAAAUUACUUGACCGCGACUCUGUUAUGAAAUUUCUUAUUGGUUUGAAUGAAUCAUACUAUAAUUUGAGAGGUCAAAUUCUUCAACCAAAUCUGACUCUUUCUUCAGUCUAUUCUUCUUUUCUUCAAGAAGAAUCUCAGAGAUCUCUUCAGAAUCCUAUUGGUUCUAUUCCAUCUUUCAAUGAAACCUCUGCUUCUCAUAUUCCUACUCAUGACUCAACUGCUUUUCUUGCUAAAUUCCACUCUUCUAAAAAGAAAAGCAAUGUCACUUGUACUCACUGUGGUUACCAAGGUCAUUCUGCUGAAAAAUGUUUCCAAAUCAUUGGAUAUCCUAACAACUGGAAAGGAGCUAAAGGUCAAAGAUUUGCCCCUGGUUUUAAGUCUUUCCAACCUUCAACAAAAACUCCACAAGCUCAUCUGGCAAAUGCUUCUGAGGAGUCUGUCUCUAAUGACUUUGAUUUCUGUGAUCCUGACCUUUACAACAAAUUCCUUCAGUUUAUGCAUACUCAACAAACAAAAACUUCUUCUGCUAAUGUUUCUUCUGCCAAUGUUGCUUCUGCUAAUGUUGCUAUGACUAUUAAUGAUGCUGGUGAUACUUCUCUCAACAAUAACAGUGAGUUCAUAGGUAAACAUUUCAGUUUCAAUGCUUUAAAGAAAUCUAUUAUCUGGAUUCUUGACACUGGUGCAUCUGAUCACAUGAUUUCUGACUUUUGUCUUUAUACUUCAAACACUAAAUCUAUUUCUAUAAAUAUUCAAUUACCUACUGGUAAUUUUAUUCAAGCUACUCAUAUAGGAGAUAUUACUCUUAAUGAUAAUCUGACAUUACAUAAUGUGCUUUAUGUUCCUAAUUUUAGUUUUAAUCUCAUUUCUGUUUCCAGUUUAGCUCUUCAUGAAAACAUAUCUGUUCAUUUUAGUUCCAACCAUGCUGCAUUGCAGGACCACCUUACCAACAAAAUCAUUGGCUUUGCUGAAAUUCAAAAUGGAUUAUAUCAUUACAAUCCUGCUACUUCUUCUUUUACAAACCAUCAUAAUCCUGCUAUCAAAUCUGUUGCUAAUUCUGCCAACACUCAUUAUGAAAGUCCUGAUCUUUGGCAUUAUAGAUUAGGUCAUUUUCCUUAUACAAAAUUCAAAAUGUUAUCUGAUUGUAUUGUUGAUAAUAAUGGUACUAGUACUGCUCCUUGUGAUAUUUGUCACUUUGCUAAACAAAAGAGACUACCUUUCAAUAAUAGUGAUUCUUAUGCUAAUUCUGCUUUUGAUUUAAUUCAUAUGGAUGUUUGGGGACCAUAUAGAGUUACUUCUUAUUCUGGUUUUAAGUAUUUCCUUACUAUUGUUGAUGAUCAUACUCGUUGUACUUGGGUUUUUAUGCUAAAAACAAAAUCUGAAGUUAAAUUUCAUAUGAUCAAUUUUCAUAAAAUGAUUGAAACUCAAUUUCAUAAAAGAAUAAAAUGUAUUAGAACUGACAAUGGUACAGAAUUUAUUUUUCCAGAGUUUUAUAAAAGAAAUGGUAUUGUUCAUCAACUUUCUUGUGUUGAAACUCCUCAACAAAAUGCUAGAGUUGAAAGAAAACAUCAACAUAUUCUUCAAAUUGCUAGAGCUUUAUUAUAUCAGUCUUGCUUACCUCUUAUUUUUUGGGCUGAUUGUGUUAUGACUGCUGUGCAUAUUAUAAAUAGAUUACCUACUGUAAUUUUAAAAAAUAAAUCUCCUUUUGAAUUACUUUAUGGCAUCAAACCAGAUUAUUCUCAUCUUAAAGUUUUUGGUUCUCUUGCUUAUGCUUCUACUCUUUGUGCUAAUAGAACUAAAUUUGAUCAAAGAGCUAUUAAAUGUGUUUUUAUUGGAUAUCCUUUGGGAUCCAAAGGAUAUAAACUUUAUGAUUUAUCAAAUCAUAAAAUUCUGAUUUCAAGAAAUGUAAAAUUUUAUGAAAUGACUUUUCCAUAUAAAAAUACAACAACUGAUUCUUUAACAAAAAUGAAUGAUAUUUCUCCAACACAAGAUAACAUUGAUUUGCACAUUUUUGAUAGUUAUCCAAAACAGUUAAAUACUCAAUCAACUUCUGAAAAUCACUAUGAACAUGUUGAAAAUCAAAUUCAUGAUGAAGCUGCUGUUUUUAGUCACCAUGAUUCUUCAAGUUUGAUUCAGGAUAAUACUAAUGCUACAAUGGAUGAACAACAUGUUCAAAGACAGUCUACAAGAGUAAGAUCUGUGCCCAUUCAUCUUAAAGAUUAUGUAUAUCAGUUACCUAUUUCUUUAGAUCAUAAUACUAAUACUAAUGCUUCUGUUUGCAAUCUUGUUAGAUAUCCCAUAAAUAACUAUAUCACUUAUGACAGACUAACUUCUUCUCAUAAGUGUUUUACUGUUGCCCUUUCCAACACCAUUGAACCUAAAACUUACAAACAAGCUAUAAAAUUUCCUGAAUGGAAAAAGGCCAUGAAUGAUGAAAUUCAAGCCCUUGAAAAUAACAAAACCUAGAUCCUUGUUAACCUACCAGAAAAUCAACAUACCAUAGGGUGUAAGUGGGUGUUUAAAACAAAGCUAAAAUCUGAUGGUUCCUUAGAUAGAUAUAAAGCUAGACUAGUAGCAAAAGGUUAUACUCAAGAAGAAGGUUUGGAUUACUUUGAUACUUUUUCCCCUGUUGUUAAACUCACAACUGUCAGAAUCCUUUUAGCUAUUGCCACUGCUAAGAAUUGGUUUUUACAUCAACUUGAUGUAAACAAUGCUUUUUUACAUGGUGAUUUGUAUGAAGAUAUAUAUAUAUAUAUAUAUAUAUAUAUAUAUAUAUAUAUAUAUAUAUAUAUGCAGGCUCCUCCAGGUUAUUUAGCAGCAAAUGACAAUAGAGUAUGUAAACUUCUUAAGAGUUUAUAUGGGUUAAAGCAGGCUUCCAGACAAUGGUACUGUAAACUAUCUGAAUCUCUUAAAUCUUUUGGUUAUAAUCAAUCUCAAGCAGAUUUUUCUUUAUUUACUAAAGUAACUAACACUUCUUUUACUGUUUUACUAUUAUAUGUUGAUGACUUAAUCCUUGCAGGCAAUGAUUUAAAUGAAAUCAGUGCUGUAAAAACUUUUCUACAUAAUAAAUUUACCAUUAAAGACCUUGGAGAGUUAAAAUAUAUCUUAGGAAUUGAAAUUGCUAGAUCAGAAAAGGGUAUUUCCCUUUGCCAAAGGAAAUACACUUUAGAUAUUCUCUCUGAUGCCGGAUACCUUAACUCAAAACCUUUUUCCACACCUAUGGACCCCAAACUUAAACUUUCUAAAACUCAAGGACAACCUUUAACUGAUCCUAAAAGCUAUAGAACUUUAAUUGGUAGGCUUCUUUAUCUUACUGUUACCAGACCUGAUAUAGCAUAUAGUGUACAAACUUUAAGCCAAUUUCUUUCUAAUCCUACUGAUACACACCUAAGUGCAGCUCAUAGAGUUCUCAGGUAUCUCAAAAACUCCCCAGGUAAAGGUCUUUUUUAUCCAUCCUCUUCUGAUUUUAAAUUACAAGGUUAUACUGAUUCUGAUUGGGCAGCCUGCAUUGAUACCAGAAGAAGUAUAUCUGGAUAUUGUUUUUAUCUUGGAGAUUCUUUAAUCUCUUGGAAAUCUAAGAAACAAGCUGUUAUCAGUAGGUCUUCUACUGAAGCAGAAUACAGGGCUGCUGCCAAUGCAGUUUGUGAAGCCCAAUGGCUUUCAUAUAUCCUUCAGGAUUUAAAAAUUAAUCAUUUCUUACCUAUUCUUUUAUAUACUGACAACAAAUCAACAUAUCAUCUUGCAUAUAAUCCAAUUCAACAUCAAAGAACUAAACAUAUUGAAUUAGACUGUCAUUUAAUUAGAGAUAAAAUAAAUGCUGGGCUGAUUGAUCUUAUACAUAUUAAUAACAGUUUUCAACUUGCAGAUAUAUACACAAAAGCUUUAGGAAAUCCUCUCUUCAACCAGUUUGCAUCCAAGAUGAACCUGAUUGACAUCCAUGCUCAUCUUGAGGGGGCGUAUCAAGAAUAAAUGCUGGGC